GCGAUGCAACGAGAGCCCAAUGAUGAAAUCAGAAAACAAAUGGAUAUUUAACCAAGAACCGGAGGACUUCGGUUAUUGGCUAAGAACCACCACUGUGGUUACAGUCAACUGUAUGUUAGAAGAAGUCGUCCUUUCCCGAAUUGACGAAGGAGACAUGAUAAACACGCCACUAGGAAAAACCAACGUAUCUUAUGGAUCUCUAUCCCAUAACCAUCUAACAUUAUUUUGGAUCGACACCUACGGAAAACCAACUGAUAUCGUAAUCCGACAAUUAGAGAAAGGCGUGGGAUUCUGGUACGAAUCUUCAACGAACGGGACUUGGAUCCUCCAAGACGACUCCAAACAGUUGGACUUUCACGUACGGUUGACGUCACGCUGCCAAACCGUGAAAUGCGACAAAAAAAUAGACAGUUGGACCGUGAUCGGAGACAACCAUUUGUUUAUCAUUAAAUACCCAUUGGGACCUUCCGCAGUUACCGUACCAUCCAUCAUCAAGGAUAUCGUGACAAAAAGAAAUGACCCUUUAGAUAUCAACAUCCGACAAAACGCAAGAAUUCAGUAUUUGGAGGACGCCGCCAUCCGUCACGAAAUUGAACUUAUCCGCGUCAUCCAGAGCAUGCAGUGUGACCAACGACGUGCUAAACACGCACAAGCCGUGUCAACUGCCCAAUACAAUGGAUGGCUGGCAGCCGCACAGCUGGGUCUUCGGCAAUGCAUCAAACUGAUCGCCACCGGAAACAUCGUCUCAGCCCUACAAUGCACCCCUACAACAGUAAAUUUCACGACGGAUACAACCACUUGUGGACCUCAACCGCGGUUCAACAAUUUCACCAUUGGCCGGUCCGGUUGGGAACUCACUGCUUUUACGCCAUGCUACUGGGCUGGAGGUAUCGUGAAUUUUAACGACAAACCUCACGCCUAUCGCAAUAACACGUGGCAACCGGUCGAAGCAUCCGUCGUCAUCCCACAGCGUGAUUUGGCUGACGCUUUCCGAUAUCAAGACGUCAACUUCUUCGAAUAUCAACAUCAAACCAACCCCGCUUAUACGGAAGCCCUCAUUAGCCCAAUGGAUAUAAUGGCCGAUAUCACAGCCUCCAUGAACGAACAUUCCCUGACUGUCCCCAAUCAAAUUACAGGGACAUCGGCUAUCGUCGUAUCCGCAGCCGAGAAAGCAGGUCUCGGAACCUUUACCAAUUGGCUCGAGAAUUUUAAAGUCUACUCAUUCAUCAUCCUGCUCAUCGCUAUUUUCCUACUGAUCGCUCGUGUUUGUUACGCCCUCGGAUUUUGUGGUUUGAUAUGGAAAUGUUGCUGUAAGCCCCCACGUCCUCCCCCUACGGCGGUUUACCAGCCGAGAAGCAGCCGACCCACAGGUCCCUGA